AUGUAUAAGAAGACUGAUUUUGACUCCUGUGGAAAAGGGAGUUUUGACUUACAGAGAAGAGAUGAUGAAGAGAGCGACUCCGAUGAUGAUUCUGAUGAUGAGACUGAUUAUGAGGGCAUUAGCGAUGAUGAGCCCGAAGCAGAUCCUGUGGAUGUCUUCAACCACAUGUACAACACUGUCUUAAACCAUGAAUACAACUGGUCCUAUGCAGGAAUCACUCUGUUAGUUUACUGGGUCAGUGGCCAAGAUCCAAAGGUCAUAAAGAGCGUCAAAAGACAUUCAGAGCAAACUCUGAUAAAAAGACUAUCCGGCAUGUACAAGAAAGAAUUGAUGAGAGUAAGAGUUUACCUCAACAACUCACCGUGUGAAUACUGCGCACGCAUGCUGCUUGAUUUUCUAACGAGAAAAAGACAAGUGCAAUUAACAAUAUACGCUGCCAGUCUUUAUAAGAUAAAACGGCGCUCGUGCAUAACGAAGGGGGAGCCACAUGUCCACGGAUUGAAAAAGAGGCUCAGCGAUAAAAAUACCAAGGGUUUGAAAAAGUUAAUGGAUCACAAGCGAUGUAAAGUAAAGGCUUUUACAGAGAAAACUUGGAAGGAUCUGCUGGAUGCCCUGGACAUCAAAUGGAAGAAGUUCGAAGAGGUCUACCAGACCAGAGAUGUUGAGGAUGAUAGGAGUAGAAGAGAAGAAGAUCUUCAUAUCAAAGAGGAUUUAAAACAUAUCGAUGAAGAAGAAAACUAGAAAAAUGUAACAAAGUGCAACACAAAUACAGCGAAUAUUCUUUUACUGAAAUCAUGCUUCCAUUGAAGCCAUUUCCAUUUUCUGUAUCUUUCAUAUUAUACGUAUUUUUAUGUACGAAAUAACGUUUAGAGCGAAUCAAACCUGGUUCUUUAUGAAGUACAUGUACAUAGAAAAAUAUUCUACAUACACCCAUUAUUGUGAUUGAAAAUAAAAAUAAAUUACUAUUAAAAUUUAUCUAAAAAAAAUCGUUCAGAUAUAGAAGAUACGUGAUUUGAUCAAAACCUUCGCGAUCUAUCUCUGUAUGUAUAUAAAUACAAUUCACAUCAAAAUGAAAUUUGGCAAAUAUUUUCUAUA